AUGAAGUCCAUUUCUCUCCUCAGCCUUGCCACGGCUCUUCUCGGCAGCACCGCCAACGCCAUCAGCGUCAGUGGUGAGGCAGAGGGUUUCGCCGCUGGCGUUACUGGUGGUGGCAGCGCCGAGGCCGUCUACCCUGAGUCCACUGACGAGCUGGUCUCGUACCUCGGUGACGACCAGGCCCGCGUCAUCGUUCUCUCCAAGACCUUCGAUUUCACCGGUACCGAAGGUACCACUGAUGGAACCGGCUGCGCACCCUGGGGUACCGACUCCGGCUGCCAGGUCGCCAUCAACCAGAAUGACUGGUGCACCAACUACCAGUCCGAUGCCCCCUCCGUCGAUGUCUCUUAUGACAACGCCGGUCAGCUCGGUAUCACCGUCAACUCGGACAAGACCCUCCUCGGUGAGGGCAGCAAGGGUGCGAUCAAGGGUAAGGGUCUGCGUAUCGUCAGCGGCGCAAAGAACAUCAUCAUUCAGAACAUCGCCGUCACAGACAUCAACCCCAAGUACGUCUGGGGUGGUGACGGAAUCACUAUCAACGAGGCUGACCAGGUCUGGAUCGACCACGUUACUACCGCCCGCAUUGGUCGCCAGCACAUCGUCCUCGGCACCGAGGCCGACAACCGCGUGACAAUCAGUAACUCCUUCAUCAACGGUGAAUCCGACUACUCCGCUACCUGCGACGGAUACCACUACUGGGGUAUCUACCUCGAUGGCUCUAGCGACAUGGUUACCUUGAAGGGCAACUACAUCUACAAGACCAGCGGUCGUAGCCCUAAGGUCCAGGGUAACACUCUGCUGCACGCUGUCAACAACUACUGGCAGGACAACUCCGGCCACGCCUUUGAGAUCGGUGAGGGUGGCUACGUCCUUGCUGAAGGAAACGUUUUCCAGGACAUCGCCGCUGUUGCUGAGGACCCCAUCGAUGGCCAGGCUUUCGCUUCUCCUUCCGAGUCUGCGAAUGAGGCUUGCUCCAGCUACCUUGGCCGUGCUUGUGAGGUGAAUGGAUUCGGCAACUCUGGCACCUUCACCCAGGCCGACACUGAUCUCCUCAGCAAGUUCGAUGGCCAGACGGUCGCCGCUGCCACUGCUUACGGUGAGGUUGCCGACAGCGUAUCUUCUUCCGCUGGACAGGGAAAGCUCUAA